CCUGGUUUCACAGUUGUGCGCGAGAAGCCGAAUUGACGAGACGUGAAAAAUUUUAUUGAGCGUGAGUGUAAUUAGUGCUGGCUGAGCUGCUUUUAUAAAAUUCUCUGCUAAUAGUGGUUUAAUUUACAAAUUUAUUAAAAUUGCAUAAGUGUACAGUUAUUCCCAGGGACACUCAUUUAGUUCGUGCAUGUAGCACUUAGACGGAUUGAAUUAGAUUCAUAUAAUACGAGUACAUUUGUGCACGUAUCCCCGUACAUACAUUUGUGUAGUGUACAUAUAGCAACAUACUAAUAUACAAAUGUCUGUGCUUCUCACGUAACUACAUAUUUGCAUAGACUGAACAUUCCAGACAUACUGCUCUCUUCUCCCGAAGGCGAGCGAAUAAAUAAUAACCACAACUACAAACAAGGAACAUCAACGGCAUCCUGCUCGUAUUGCGUGCGGGAGCAACGUCUAUAGGCACAUACCUAACCCACACAUCAGACACAUCCAGGAUGGGUCGGCUAACACAAAUGCUGGCCGUCCUGCUGCUGGUAGCUGUUUUAGGCUCCACAAAUGCAGAGAGUAAAAUAAAUUCACCGCCUCGUAUUAUAAAACAACCCCCAACAGAUGAACUGCUUUUCAAAGUCGCAGUACAAAAUAAGGAAAGUGAUAAACCAUUCAUCAUUGAGUGUGAAGCUGAAGGAAAACCAGACCCAAGUUACCGAUGGAUCAAAAACGGCAAGAAAUUCGAUUGGCAAGCUUACGACAAUCGCAUGCUGCAACAACCCGGUCGCGGUACGCUUGUCAUCACAUCACCCAAGGAUGAAGAUAUGGGUCAGUACCAGUGUUUCGCUGAAAACGAAUUCGGUACAGCCACCUCGAACUCCGUGUUUGUACGCAAAGCGGAAUUGAAUGCAUUUAAGGAUGAAGUGGCGAAAACAAUCGAAACCAAUGAGGGUGAACCUUUCUCGCUUAGUUGCGAAGCACCCGAUGGUUGGCCCAAACCCAUUGUAAACUGGCUGAUACAGCAUUCCUUGGAAGGCACUAUUAAAUCGAUCAACAACUCACGCAUGACACUGGAUCCCGAGGGAACACUUUGGUUCUCGAAUGUGACACGUGAAGAUGCUUCCGAUGAUUUCUUCUAUGCCUGUUCAGCUACAUCAGUGUUCCGUAAUGAGUACAAAAUUGGCAAUAAAGUCUUAUUGGAUGUGAAACAGACCGGUAUCAGCGCUGCACUGAACAAACAACAACCGAAACGACAAUAUGUGACGCGUAAGAAUGAAGUUGCAUUGCGUGGCAAACGUGUCGAGCUUUAUUGUAUUUUCGGUGGCACACCACUUCCGCAAACGGUCUGGUCUAAAAAUGGUGCGCCCAUAGAAUGGAGUGAUAGAAUCACGCAAGGUCAUUACGGUAAGUCGCUGGUCAUCAGACAGGCGAAUUUCGAGGAUGAAGGUUCCUACACAUGUGACGUUUCAAACGGUGUCGGUAAUGCCCAAUCGUAUUCGAUCAAUCUGAAGAUUUUGGCCACACCUUACUUCACCAAAGAACCAGAGGUACAAAACGCGGCCGAAGAUGAAGAAGUCAUAUUCGAAUGCGCAGCUGCUGGUAAUCCCGAGCCCACAAUUCAAUGGAUCCACAAUGGCAAACCGAUUGCACAAUCAGCACCCAAUCCACGUCGUACGGUACAAAGUAAUCGUAUUAUCAUUCGCGAUCUUGUUAAGGCCGAUACUGGUAACUAUGGUUGUAACGCAACCAAUUCGCUUGGCUACGUCUACAAAGAUGUGUACCUGAAUGUGCUGGCACUGCCGCCUGAGAUACAGGAAGCGCCACGUAAGGAAGCCACUGUCGAUGGUAAGAAUGUCACAUUACGUUGCCGUGUGUUUGGUGCACCCAAACCCCAAGUGAAAUGGAUACAUAAUCAUCAAGAAUUGACUGGUGGACGAUACAACACUUUGCCAUCGGGUGACCUGGAGAUCCAAGAAGUUGCGUUUAGUGAUGAGGGUGACUACACGUGUUACGCGACCAAUAAAUUCGGCAGCAUAUCUGCGAAUGGCACAUUGUUGGUAAUGAAGCGCACAAGCAUUAUUCAUGAGCCACAGAAUUACGAAGUAGCUGCUGGCAAAUCGGCGACGUUCCGUUGUAAUGAAGAGCACGAUGAAAAACUUGAUCUAGUAAUUGAGUGGUGGAAGGAUGGUCAAGCUAUUGAUUUCGAAUCGGAGGCACGUUUCAUGAAGACCAACGACAAUUCACUGACCAUACCAAAGACCGUUGAAUUGGAUUCUGGCGAGUACACAUGCGUGGCACGCACCGAAUUGGACGAGGCAUCGGCUAAAGCCAAUCUCAUUGUGCAAGAUGUACCCAAUGCGCCGCGUUUAGUCGGCAUCGUGUGUAUGGCUAAUAGGAUUAGAGUCACUUGGGAACCGCAGGGUGACAAUCGCUCACCGAUUCUAUACUACACCAUCGAAUUCAACACUUCGUUCACACCCGAUUCGUGGGAUAUCUCAUACGAUAAAGUACCAUCCACUGAAACCGCAUUUGUGGUUGAUUUAACGCCUUGGUCCAACUACACGUUCCGAGUAAAAGCCUUCAACAAAAUUGGUCCCUCACCGCCAUCGGAUCACAGUGAGUUUUGUACCACACCACCAGAUGUGCCCUACAAGAAUCCAGAUAACGUACAAGGCAUGGGUACCGAACCAAAUAACUUGGUAAUUUCUUGGACUCCAAUGCCGGAGAUUGAUCACAAUGCGCCAGACUUCCACUACCGUGUCUCUUGGAAACGUGAUAUACCAGCUGCCUCAUGGGAGAGUAAAGACAUAUAUGAUUGGCAGCAGAACAAUUUGGUAAUACCAGAUCAACCAACCUAUGUACCCUACCUAAUCAAAGUAGUUGCUAUAAAUAAACACGGCGAAGCGAAUGUUGCGCCUACAGAGGUUGUCGGUUAUUCGGGCGAAGAUCGUCCUUUGGAAGCUCCCACCAACUUCAGUAUGGUCCAGGUAACCGCUGCCACCACUGCCAUGUUGCGCUGGAAUCACGUAAGUCCCGAAUCGGUACGUGGUCGCUUCAAGGGUUACAAGAUUCAAACAUGGACCGAGAAGGAGGGUGAGGAAGCGCUACGCGAAAUACAUGUUGAUGCCAUCUCCGAUCAGGCGCUCGUAACACAAUUCAAACCCGAUUCGAAGAACUUUGCACGUGUGCUUGCCUACAAUGGACGUUUCAAUGGCCCACCCAGUGUAGUCAUCGACUUUGAUACGCCCGAAGGUGUACCAUCGCCAGUGCAGUCAUUAGAUGCUUACCCGCUGGGUUCAUCCGCCUUCUGGUUGGUUUGGAAGAAACCAUUGCAACCAAAUGGUAAACUGACAGGCUACAAAAUCUAUUAUGAAGAGGUUAAGGGCAGCUAUGUAAGCGAGCGACGUGAACUCGAUCCGCAUAUUAAUGAUCCACAGAUAACGAGCGCAAAAUUAGCUGGUUUGAAGGCAAACACGAAAUAUAGAAUUUCAAUAACGGCAACCACGAAAAUGGGCGAAGGAUCAGAACACUUCAUUGAGAAACGCACUCUGCCAGAAGACUCACAAAUGCCUGCUGUACCUGGAUUUAUCGUACAACAAUUAAAAUCCGAGAAUAAUAAUGCAAAAUAUCGCGUCAAUUGGCAGCCGAGUACCGAAGGGCAUGCCGGCACACACUUCUACACACAAUACAGAAUCAAAGGCGAGCCAAACUUCAAAACAGAAAAACCCGAAUUCUCAAAAGAUUACCAAGAAAUCGGUGGUCUCAAUCCAGAUAAUGUGUAUGAAUUCCGUGUUGUAUCUGUCGAUGGUGAUCAUGAAACGCCCAGCGAAUUGCGUGAAAUCGUCAUUGACGGCCCCACCAAAGUGCCCAAUCAGAAUGUGGCGAAUGCAGGCUGGUUCAUUGGCAUGAUGCUGGCGCUGGCCUUCAUCAUACUACUGUUCAUUAUUAUUUGUAUCAUACGACGCAAUCGUGGUGGCAAAUACGAUGUGCAUGAUCGUGAAUUGGCGAACGGACGUCGCGACUAUCCGGAUGAAGGUGGAUUCCAUGAAUACUCACAACCAUUGGAUAAUAAGAGCGCUGGACAGCAAUCGGUUCAUUCGGCGAAACAGCCUGGUGUGGAGAGUGACACCGACUCGAUGGCCGAAUACGGAGAUGGUGAUACAGCUCAAUUCACCGAGGAUGGUUCCUUCAUUGGUCAGUAUGUGCCGGGCAAGCUGCAACCGCCCGUCAGUCCACAGCCCAUAAACAACACGCCAGCAGCGCAUCAGUCGCCGACCGCGCCACCAGCGCCCACACAAGCCGCCACUUCCUCAAAUACACCUGCUGUGGCCACCUAUGUUUAGGAGCAAUAGACGCAGGUGCAACUACAAAAUAUGCAGCAACAGCAGCAGCAACCGUAAAGGCAUAACGGCAGUAACCAAAGUGCAAGCGAAUGAAAUUGUAGGUCGGACGAGCAGCGAAAUUUUAAUGCGCGACGAGGCUAGAGGUGUAUAAUUUGUAGCGAUUUCAAUUAGGUAAGCGAGUUAUAAAGUGAAAUGACUUUGAUAAGCAAUGACCAAUUAUCAAAUGCUCAUUUCACCCACGUGUUUGUAGUAGGAAUAGCGUUGAGUCGGAGUUUGUGUAUUGUCUUAAGUGAAAUUUAUACGAUUGUUUAUUGUCGGAAAAUGUAGAAAGUGGAAAAUUAAAAUACGCAAAUCGAAGGGUGUAAGAAUAAAAUAUACGAUUUUUAAUGCAAGUAAUACGAAGGAAUACAGAAACCGCUUUUUAUGCUGAAGUGAAAGUAAUGCUUUACUAAGAAGCUGAGUGGAAUUUGCAAAGCAAGAGUUUAAGUUUAAUUUUGCAUCGCCUAAUAUAUGUAUGUAUCUAGAUACAUAUACAGUUUGUAGUGUUGCAUUUGUGCUCUUUGAAUACAUUUUUGUGCUAAUGCGAUGUUUUAGCUAUUAUGUGUGAAAAUAUAUGUUAAAAUGAUCUAUAUAAAAGUUGUAAAAUCAUUUUAAUAAAUUAUUGCAAUUAAGGAUUGCGCAUUAUUUUCAAUUUUUUUUUUUUUUUUUAUUUUUUUUUUCAAAUAUUUUAUCUUUAUAAAUUCCAUAUGUAAACAAAAAAAAAAUGAUUUUUGGAAAUUCACAAGUGGAUAUAACCUCACUUAUGCAUUUAACCUUGCUAUUUUAAAUAUAUAUAAAAAAUGCAGCACUACAAGCAUUAUAUGUAUGACAUUAAAGCGGCGAAAGCAACAUUAGCAGUUAUUUACUAAAAGAAAAAAUAAUACACCCACACCACACUAAAUCAAAUGUACUAUUUAUUAUUAAAUGUAUUGGUAAUUGUAGCUUGUUUCAGCCAAUAUUUGCGUUAGAUUGUUGUUAUUAAUAAUAAUAGCAGCUGUAGAUUAAACAAAAUACUAACAAACAAUUUUCAGUUCAAGUAAUUUACGCAAAUGCGAAAAUAUUAAAAACAAACGCUUCAAUAAAGCGUUCAAAGCCCCUCUGAAUAUUUAGUUUCAAGCCAAAUAAUUAAAUAAUGCAUUUUGAAAAAGAAAGAAAAAAAUAAAAAAAAAACUUUAUUUGAGUUGCGUUGUAAAAAAUUAAAUUACUUUGGCAAGCCUUAUACGUUGAGCUUACAUGAAAAAAAUACAAAUAUUUGUGGAAAAUUAUUACCAUUUUAAUUUACGCAAAGCCUUUAGAUGUAAUAUAAACCAGUAAGUACGUGCGUGUGAACUGUUACAUACAAAUUAAACGAAUCUCAAUGUGUGUAUGGUAAAAAAAAAGAAAUAAAAAUAUUAUAUGAAAGAAAAGUAUAAAUAAAAAAAUUAUAUAUAAAAAAAUAAAAUUAUAUAUAAUAAAAUAAAAAAUUAUAUAUAAAAAAAUAAAAAAUUAUAUAUAAAAAAAUAAAAAAUUAUAUACAAAAAAAUUAAAAAUAUAAAGAAAUGUGCUAUGUGGUUUGAAAAUCAGCGAAUUUCAACAUAUUUCACAAUAUUUUUAACUACCACUUACAUAUGUACGUCAUUUAAAUUCAAAAGCAAACAAAACAGUAAGGGAAUUUUGCUAGAUGUCAAAAUAAGCACACAUUGCAAAAGCUUAUUGUUGUUGUGAAUAUCAUUUGCGCUGCCAGUGUUUGUAAUAUUAAACAAAAACAUAUACGAAAUAGUAAUUUAUGCUAAAGUUUAUAUAUAUAUGUAUGUAUGUGUAUGUAAAACAGUUUUCAUUAGUGUAAAAGUGUUACUUUUUACACAUCGAAUAUAUAUACAUAUAUACAAACAUAAAUUUACAAAAUUAAAUAUCGAAUUGCUGUACACAAGUAAAUAAAUUUAGUUAAAGUUUAAUAUUAGCAUUUUGUUGGUUGAUUUAUUGAUUUAAAAAACCAAAAAAAAAUAUUUUAUCUUCCUUUAACUGCCGACACUACUUAAAUUCAGUUUUAUAUCAAAAUGCUAUAUAAAAAAAUACACCUCAAAAUUUCUAACCUCAAAGCUCUCUUAAGUCGUUAAGUUAAAAUUCAAAAGUAUAUACUCAAUAUGCUAAUUUUCUGGAAGUGUGUAUAUAAAAUAUAAAUGGCAUUGACGUAUAAUAUUCAAAAAAUCGAAUACAAUAGUAAAUUUACAACUUUAAGUAAUAUUAAUAUACAAAAUGCACUUCUUUUAAAUUUUUAUUUUAUUAUAGCAUAUAUUUUUCAAUUUCCUAAUUAAUUACAACAGUCUUGCAUUGCUGUCCUUUUGACACUUAUCUCAGCUAUUAACACAAUGCAAUCAAUAAACAAAAAAUAUACAUAUGUAUAUAAAUAUAUGUAAUAACAUAACUAUUAAUUUAACAAAUGUUUUAUUGCUGUAAGGAAAAUAGGUUGAUGCAAUUUAGAUUUAAAUAAAUAUAUUUAUAAUUAAUUUUCGUUUUUUAACACGUCCAUAGUUUGUAAACACUAAAAGAGAAAAUGCAUUUUUUAACUUAAUAUACAUAAAUACAUAUAAGUAAACAUGUAAAAUAUUUUUUUUUAUUCUUUUUUUUCAAAUCAAAAAUAGUUUAAGCUUGCUAGGAAAUUCGUGAAAAACUGCUUGAAAUACAAAUAAACGAAAAUGCAACAAACUUUUUACCGUUACAAACAAGCAGCAAUAAGUAGCAACUCAAUUCUCAAACACACUACGUGAAAUACAUUUGGUCAGCAAACUUUUAAUAGGCACUGUGCUCGCAUAGUGCUAACACACAUGCUGGAUUGCACUGUGAGUUAAUAAUUGAAUACAAAAAUAGUUGAUUUUUACAAAUAAAAAAAUUUACACGUACAAUAUGAUAAAAAAAAACAAAAUUACGAAAUUUUAUAUAAAUUUUCCUAAGUAAAAAUUAAAAUUUUCCUAAGUAAAAACUUAAAUUUUUUAAAUAUGUACGCGUAAGUGUAAUUAAAGAGAAGUAGCACCUUUAAUUAUUCAUUUUUUUGUGUUUUUCUUGUCAUCAGCCCAUCCAGUGAUUCGAUUAUAUUCCGUUCUAUCCACACUUAAACUAAUUAAUUAAUUAAAUGUUAAAUUUAUUAUCAUUAAUUAUUAUAUUACAUAAAUAUACAUAUAUAAAAUUGAUAUAUAGGUACUGCAAUGAAUAAUGAAAUCUUUAAUAAUAAAACACUAAAAAAUAAAAAACGAAAAAUUUGUUUUAAUUUCAAAUAUGCAUAAAUUUAAUCAGCAAUACGAUAAAUUGGUUAAUUUAUGGGAUGAUUUGUUGAAUUGGUUUUAUACACUAGCGUCGCGGUGAUUAUUUAUAUAUUCGUAAAUGUUGCUUACGAAACAUUGUGGCAUGCAAUAAUUACAUUCUAAUAAAGGUAAUUAACUGAAUUUAUUAAUUAAUUAUUUUAAGUGUUAUAUAUAUUUUGUUAAUAAGAUUUUAAAACAAAAAAUUUUCCACCAUUGUUUUUUUGAUUCUUCAGUUUUUUUAUAAAAAAAUAUUAUAAAAACGUCACAAAAUUUUAGUUACAGCCAUGCUGCAAAAAAAAAACAUUAAAAAAUAAUUUAAUUAGCAUUUCAAUUAAAAAUUAUUUAUUUUAAUUUUUUUAAAUUUUUUUUUAAAUAUUUUUUUUUAAUUAAAAAAAAUUUUUUUUUUCAGUUUUAGAACUAGACAUUGUGAAAUUAUUUUAUAUUAAUAGUUAAUUUUUGGCUUCAGAGUGCUAGGUAGGUUGAAAUCUUAGAUGUGUGCCAAUUUCUUAAGACCCCACUGCAUCAACUACUUUUUUUUGAAAUUUUUGAUUAUUUUUAUUUUUUAAUGUUUUUGUCUAAUUGUUUUCCUGUAUUCUUGUAAUGUUAAUAAAUAACUAAUGAAAAAUGGAUAUUAAAAAUAUUAAUUGCCUUUUUUACGCCACUUUGAAUACCCCGUUGAGUUAAAAAAACUAUUUUUUUUUGUCUUAACCUCAAACAUUUUAGCUCAAGAAUGAAAUCUUUAAUUUUAUUGAAAUUUAAAAAUUUAAAAGUUAAUUUGUAAUCCCAACUUCUUGGUUUCAAAAUUAAAUUGUCAACUUUUGUCCCACAAAAUUAGAAUUAAUAAUUGAAAAUAUAAUUUUUAUUCCAAAAAGAAUUAAAAAAAUCGCAAGCCUGACUAUAACAUUUUUAAACAAAAUUAUAACAUGGAGCGUUGAAUAAGAAAUCUUUAAACUCAAAACUAGAAGAAUACAAAAAAAUCAAUAAAUUCACCUGCACCCUUGCACCCGCAUAACCCAUCGAGAUGAAAGUACGCAAACAAUUUAUAAAAUAAAAUAAAACUAACACAAACACAAAGGUAUAUAUCAAUAACUACAAUAGCGGUCUGUGAAUGCGAAAUACAUACAUACAUUAUUAUGUAUUUCUGCUAGCUAUAUAUGUAUACAUAUAUGUAUGUAUAUGUAUAUUAACUUUUUAACACAAAACAAAAAAUAAAUCAACAAAAUAAUUAAUGUGGCCGCUUAAAUGGUAUGAAAUGCUAAGAUGUGAUAUAAGCCGUAGCAAAUCACGUGACAAUUAACUUGUCCAAUAAUUAAAUAUUUUAAUUAAUUAAAUAUUAACUUACUUAAAAACAAAAGAGUAAGUAUUUUCAGCAAACUUAAUAAUCAAACAUGUUUGGGACUAUUUGUGGAUCAUGUCCUACAUUUAUAUAUGCCUAAAAUUUUUUUUUUUAAUGGAAUUAAACACAACGAUUACUCAAAAGAGUAAUUAAAUAUUUAAUAGCAAUUAACAUUAAUUAUCAAUUAAAUAAUAAUUACAGUAGUUAUGUCAACAAAAACUAUAUACACUUACCAGAAACCGUAAUGUUUAAACAUUAAUUGUUUAAUAUAUGUAUGUAUAUACGUAGCUUAAAUUAUUUGAGUAUAAAAAAAUUAUUCUAAAAUGUAGUUUCUAACACUGCCGAUUUGCGCAACGCGUACAUCCAAAGUUAUUAGAAAUACUUAAAAUAUAUAAUUUAAUAAUGUAAUAAAAUAUUAUAACACAAUGUUUAAACAAAGUAAGUAUAAGUUGAAAAGAAAAAGACCAACCUGCUUGUUAUCAUUUUGAUGGCGGACACGCACACAUGUCAAUGCGGAUGUAACAGGUUCUCCUGACGCUAAUUAUGCCUAGUAUUGCAAGGAUUGAAUUAUCUUGAUAAUGUAUGCAUUUCCUGACGCUUCCCACACUCUUUCUGAAAUAUCUUCACUAAGAAAAAAAAACAGUGCUCUCGGAAGCAGAAACUUGGAUAAAAUAAUAUUUAUAUUUUUAAGAGCAAGAACCGGAGAAGGCAGUAUGUUCUGAGCAGGACCGCUAUGACUUACAGAAUUACUCCAUACCUACACGCCAGGUGGCUCAUUACUGUGAACACCACUUUCGAGCGAUCGUUUAACUCUCUCGAAAACCACAAAAUAGAACUUAUUAGGGUUUAUAUAUUUUUUAUUUAAAAUCAACCAAGGACUAAUGACUUAUUAAAAUCCCUAAAAACCUUCAUGGUUGGAAAAAAGUAAAAACAUAAAUAAAACUGCUCCAAUUAAUUAAAGAAAAAUAAAUAAAUUAGUAAUAACAAAAACAAUGUUUUUUGUAUUUAAAUCACUUAUUUAUACUUCUUAAAAAUUGAAUUGAAUACAAAUAACUCAAAGCAAGCAACUCAAUUAAGGACUACAUUUAAUAAAAUACAAAAAAUAAAAAUAAAAACAAAAAUAUUUUGGCUGAGUAUACAGAUUUAUGGAUAAACAUAUGUAAGUGUUUGCAUAUUUAAUAAAA